AUGGCUGACGGAAACCCUCUCGGUCUGCAGCCAGAUUUCAAUCUCAUUAGUGAUGAGCUCAAAAAAGCACAAAAUCUACCAGCAAUCAAUAACGGUCAACAAAUUCUGGCCGAGCUGCGAGCUAUUCGCCGAGACCUCGCAGAUAUUCGUCGAGACCUCGCAGAUAAUCGUCGAGACCUUGCAGAUACUCGUCGAGACCUCGCAGAUACUCGUCGAGACCUUAUUACUAUGAUGACUGUGUCUAACCAUAAUAAUACAGCUCGAGUUCAGAAUACCUACGUAGCAAGCCGAUCGGAACCUCUUUCGUCAUUCCUCAACCCCUCCAACGGUGCCGCCAUUCCCGAAUUCCCUCCUACAUCGACAGAACUUGGGCAAAUGACCGGACGGCAAAUGGAUACUGUCUUACAACAACUGGGUCUUCAACCUGCUCAUGGUGCAAGUUUGACAGCGAAGAAGAAAAUGUUGAGAACUCAUAUCGGCUUAAGGGAGGUCGCCGCCGUACCACCUCCAUGA